GCAACGUGGAACGGCACAAGAGAACAUAGCAAGAGAAGCAGGAAAGCCGCCUUUUCCUAACUGUUCACCCUCUCCCACUCACAAUGAGCUCGCUGGAGAACACGGCGAGCCCGUCAAAGCGCGUGCAGCGCUUCAGCGACAGCGCCAGCUCCCCACUGCCAGCCGACAGCACCGCCGGCACCAUGUCCGCCGGCGACGACUUCAACGCCCUCCUCGUCGCCUUCUACACGCGCACCUACCCCGCCGUGGAGGUCUUCGCGCAAGACGUGGCCGAUUUGGAGCCGGCCGAGAUGAACGACGCCGUGACGGAGCUGGCGACGGAGGUGGCGGCGCUGCGGGAGGAAACGGAGGUGCUCGCCGCCCACGUGCAGACGCUGCAGGAGCGCCGGCCGGUCGGUGAGGGAAGCAGCGGCGGACCGCACGGUGCUGGUGGUGUUGGGACGGAGCAGCAGCGGCAGCAGCCAGUAACGGACAUCGCCGGCAGCUCGCAGAACGACGUCGCGGCCCCGGUGUCGGUGACGAUCAUGAGUCCCGACAGCGGCAGCACCGGCGCAGCAAACCAUCACGACCGCAACGAUGACAGCAGCAGCACCGGCGGUGGGUUAACCAUCACGACCCACCGCGGUGGCGCGACCGGCACCCGUCGCGGCCGCAACUACCGCCGCCGCUCCCUCGGCGCGCUGGACGUCUUCGUGCGCGUCGACGACAAAGCCGCGUUACUGCGGCAGGAAACGGCGCGGCUGCGCAGUCAGGAAGAGCGUAUCACGAAGGAGGCGGACGGCGUGCAGGAGAUCUUAGUCGCCACCGUCGAAGAGGCCAUCCGCCGUCAGCAGGAGCUAAAGCUGGAGAUGCUGCAGUUCCACCGCGAAGUCGUCGGCGACGAGGGCGACACCAAUGCCGGGGCCGCCACCGCGCUUCGUCGCAACCCGCUUCAAGCAGGAGACGAGCUUGCCGGGUCGGCGGCGGCGAUCCCCGCCACGACCGCCGAGGAGCUGCUGCGCUACUUAGAACGUCGCCACACUACUCAGGUGAACUACUUGGAUAAACUGGAGGUUCAGUGCCAGGCGGUGGAACAGGAUAUCGCCCGUGCGCAGCAGCUCGUGCGGCAGCGCCGUAUCGCCGGGGAGGCCUUUCAAGCCGUGGAUCUCGAGCAGCUCCGCAUCGAGCACAAGCAGUUCACCGAGCGCAUGGCCGCGAAGAACAACGAGUUGGCAGAGUUGAAAGGCACCUCCACCCGCACCGUGCAGCAGUUAAAUCACUUGAUGGGUCAACUGAACGAGUUGGCGAGCGAGCAGACGCGGCUGAAGCGCGAGUCGAAGAGCCGCACCGAGUACCUGUCCCGCUGCGACAAGGAGUACACCACGGCAACGGCGGAGGCGGUGCUGGCCGAAUCCAAACACGAUGCUCUAAAGGCGCAGCAGGAGGCCAUCAGAGCCCCAAAAAUUGAGGAGUACAUGGCCCAAAAGGCUGAGGAGGUGGAACUGGAGAAGGCAGUGAAGAACUGGGAGCGCAAGGUUCAAAUUGCGGAGGGGCAGGCCUCUGUUGUGCGGCAGCACGUCCGCCGCAUGCAGUCGCAGCGCACUGCUGCCGUGAAGUACGCGAGUGAGAAGCGGCAGCACCACCAGCAGCAGCAGCGUUUAUCAAUGGCAGCAUCAUCGAAGCCGGUGGUGGGUGGCGCUCGAAGUCUGCUCCAGCAGCGCCGGCAGCAGCACCAGCAGCAGGAGCAGCAGCAGGCUGCAGUGACCGCGCCAUUGGCGGCAGCACCGGCGGAGCCUGCUACCAUGUAG